AUGGCCCAGCGAUUUCCUUCAGUGGCACUUAUUGGGGCGACGGGUAACGUGGGCGCUCUUAUCCUGAAAGCCCUGCAGGAAGCUCAGCCCGCGUUCAACUCCAUCACGCUUCUCACCCGCUCAGCCAAAUCCGCUGCAACACUCGCACAAGGACCCAACAUUCAGAUUAAGGAAGUCGACUACUCGUCGCGCCAAUCUCUGGUCGCCGCCCUGACGAGGGUCGAUGCCGUCGUGUCAGCCAUCGGCACCAAGUUCGUCGACGACCAAAAGACCAUCAUCGACGCCGCCGUUGAGGCCGGCGUGAAAUUCUUCAUCCCGUCCGAGUUUGGCCUAGCCAACACCCACCCGCUCCUGCGGCGCGACUUCUCCAUCUUCGACGACAAGAACCGAAUCCAGGCGCACCUCGAGAGCUACCUCCAACAGGGCAAGAUCGACUACGCACUGACCUUCGUCGGCCUGUGGCUCGACUGGGGCAUCCAGGGCUUCAUCCUCGACGUGAACAACAAGAAGGUGGGUCUCUGGGACGGCGGCGAGCGACCCAUCUCGAUGACGACCAUGGCCAGCAUCGGCAAGGCCGUGCUGGGCAUCCUGGAGGGCAAGGUGGCCGCGGGCAAGCGCGAGGUGCGGGUCAAGGACAUCAACCUUUCGCAGAAGCGCCUGUACGAGCUAGCGGCCGAGGUGGUCGGCAAGGACGGGUGGGAGGUCAAAACAGUGGAUACGGCGCGGGCCAAGACCGUGGCCUCGGAGAAGCUCAGCCAGGGUACGGCCACGCUCGACAAUAUCUAUGCGUUCGUGUACCGCGCUUCCACGGCCGAGGAGUAUGGCCAGCCGUGGAAGCCUGACGAGGAUGACAGCGAGAGGCUCGGCCUUGUAACCUGGACGGAGGAUGACGUGAAGAAUCUUAUUCGCAAUGUUGUGGCUGGGAAGCAGUGA